ACCCCAGCCAGACCAACAGCAUCUGCAGGAUCCCCAAUGGCCCUGUCCUGCUCCUUCUUGGUGGCCCUGGUGGUGCUCAGCUGCCACUCCCUAGGCUCUCUGGGAUGUGACCUGCCUCAGGAUCAUGGUCUGCUGAACUGGAGGGCCCUGAUGCUCCUGCGACAAAUGAGGAGAGUCUCCCCUUUUUCCUGCCUGAGGGACAGAAAUGACUUUGCCUUCCCCCAAGAGGUGUUUGACGGCAAGCAGCUGCAGAAGGCUCAAGCAAUCUCUGUCGUCCAUGUGACGAACCAGAAGACCUUCCACCUCUUCUGCACAGAGGCCUCACCUGCUCCCUGGAACACGACCCUCCUGGAGGAAUUGUGCUCGGGACUUUCUGAGCAGCUGGGCCGCCUGGAAGCCUGUCCCCUGCUGGAGGCGGGGGUGGGAGAGACACCCCUGGUGAAUGGGAACUCUAUCCUGAGGAACUACUUCCAGAGAAUCUCCCUCUAUCUGCAAGAGAAGCAAUACAGCCCUUGUGCCUGGGAGAUGGUCCGAGCAGAGAUCAUGAAAGUUUUCUCUUCAUCAACAACCUUGCAAGAAAGGUUAAGGGGCAAGAAACAAGACCUGGUUCAACAUGGUGAUGACUCUCACUGA